ACGUCGCCCACUCGUGCUCUGCCUGUUACAGUCGUAAUGUGCGUUUAUUCCAGCCAUUACGUUUGCGUUCGUGUGGCCGGCUAACCGCCCCCUCCCCCGGUGGCGUUUGGGUGAGGGGGGCUAACCCUGCCCAGCUAUGGCGUCAGUGUACAGCCGAGGGUCCCAUACCCUGAGCAAGGAUGACGUGAACUACAGAAUGCAUUUCCGAAUGAUAAACGAGCAGCAGGUCGAGGACAUAACCAUAGACUUCUUCUACCGGCCUCACACCAUCACGCUGCUAACGUGUACUGUGCUUUGUUUGAUGUAUUUCGCCUUCGCGAGAGAUGAUGGAAAUCCUGACAGUAAUCUUUGGGUGGGUUUGAUUCUGGUGAUUUCCUUCUUCCUUGUCAUCAGCGUUUUGGCAUUUCCCAACGGUCCAUUCACCAGACCUCAUCCGGCGAUAUGGAGAAUAGUCUUUGGUCUGAGUGUGCUGUACUUCCUCUUCCUGGUUUUCAUCAUCUUCCUGAACUGGCAGCAGGUUAAACAGUUAAUGUAUUGGCUGGAUCCAAACCUGCGCUACGCCAAGAGAGAGGCCGACAUAAUGGAGUAUGCAGUCAACUGCCAUGUCAUCACCUGGGAGAGAAUUCUCAGCCAUUUUGACAUCUUUGCAUUUAGCCAUUUCUGGGGUUGGGGCAUGAAGGCCCUCCUCAUCCGAAGCUACGGCCUCUGUUGGACCAUCAGUAUUACCUGGGAGCUCACCGAGCUCUUCUUCAUGCAUCUGUUGCCCAACUUUGCCGAGUGCUGGUGGGACCAGGUGAUUCUGGACAUCCUCUUGUGUAACGGUGGGGGCAUCUGGCUGGGCAUGACCGUGUGCCGCUUUCUGGAGAUGAGGGCUUACCACUGGGCCAGUAUUAAGGACAUCCACACCACCACAGGGAAGAUCAAGCGAGCCGUUUUACAGUUCACGCCGGCGAGCUGGACCUACGUGCGCUGGCUGGAUCCCAAGUCUUCCCUGCAGCGAGUGAUGGGCGUCUAUCUCUUCAUGAUCAUCUGGCAGCUGACCGAGUUAAACACGUUUUUCCUCAAGCACAUAUUCGUCUUUCCGGCAAGCCAUGCCCUCAGCUGGUGUCGGAUCCUGUUCGUCGGCAUCAUCACAGCGCCAACAGUCAGGCAGUACUAUGCGUACCUCACAGACACACAGUGUAAGAGAGUUGGGACCCAAUGUUGGGUGUUUGGGGCCAUCGCCUUUCUGGAGGCACUGGCGUGUAUCAAAUUCGGACAGGACUUGUUCUCCAAAACUCAGAUCCUCUAUGUGAUCCUCUGGCUGCUGUGUUUGGCCUUCAUUACAUUCUUAUGUCUGUAUGGAAUGGUGUCGUAUGCAGAGAAAUAUGGUCCAAGAGAAAAGAGCUUCUCUGAAUGUGAGGACGGCAAUUACUCAGAGUUUGCUGAUGAUGUGUCAGAAGAAUUUAUAGGAGAGACUGAGGUGGGAGGCGACUGCCCAAAAAUCCGACUGAGAGGAAAAGCCUUGGGAAAGCUCAACUCCGUUAAUGGCCUGGAGAGCCAGUAGGAAUCGAAGGAAGGGUUUCCUAAACUCAACCCAAAAAAGAAAAACAAACAAACAAAAAAAAAAGGUUCUGGUGGUGGCAUUAAAAUAUGCUCCUGGAGAGACUGACUGGUCCAUGCAGUGUUGUUAGAGCGGCACACCCCUAACGUGCUGUCGUUUACCACCAUUGACAGAUGUGUGUGUGCAAAAGAGAUGGUAAUAAAUAACUGCCAACUGUAGAUUGAAGCGCAUGCAUGUAGCUGAUCAUAUACAGACAACUGCCACGAUGCACUAUAUUAUUCAUUACUGCUCCAGACAUUUCACUAUUUAAAGCCGCCUUGAAGAAUCGAUCAUACUCCAUUUAAGCCUCUUGUUUUAUGGUAUAGAAAUGUUUAAAUCUCUUAUUAAUAAUACCUUAUUUUCGGUCAGUUUAUAAACAUCGCGCUGAGUACGUUGACAGUUUGGUGACUUGAAUGUGGGCAAGGCUUCCACACAAGCAUUUAUUUUUUUUUUUUUUUUUUUUUUUUUUUUUUUUUUUUUUAAAACCUGGAACAAAACAGCACACGGCUAGUGCACUUUGCCGAAGGUUUGCGCUGAAGAACUGCACAUUUGUAAUGUUUGAGUGUCAUGGGAUUUAUUGUGAUUUUACUCGUCUAUUCAUGGCUGCUAUUUUUUUUUUAUUUUAUUUUUUUACCGUGAUGAAAACAAAGCAAAUAUUCAACAUGCUCAUCAGAGUAUAUGAUUGCUCAUGACCUUAUUACACGUGCAUGAUUGCAAUGUUACACACUGGUGGCAGCAUCUUUUUUCUUUCCUUUCUUCCACUUUUAAAUGCACCUUUUGUGCCUGUCUGCAUGUUCCUUUUGUCUAAAUUAUCUCAUUGUGUAUUAAUACUAAUUUGGGGAUUUCUGUGUUAAUGUUUGCCCUUGAUAGCUUUAUUAACAAUUUAUUUGGAUUUUGUGCCAUGGGUGUCGUCUCAUGCAGUACGUGACCCGUGUGCAAUAUUGCUUCAUUUUCCUUGCUCAUGUUUGGACUAAUAUUCUCCAAAAAGAAGUGAUCAACUUAUUUUUUUGCAACCACAUGAUCACACGCCGACCUUCUCAUGGUUCACUCCUAGCAUGUCAAGUUCACUUUUAUUGUUUCCAGUCUUGCAGUUUUGGCAAAGUUUGCAAGCACAUUUGUCGUGACGUUGGUAUAUCAAAGGUUGGUGGGCUGAGCAGAAUACUACAGCAGUUAUGUUUUCAUUGAGAUCUUCCACACAGCCACGAUUGAGAUUGGCGCUUUUACACUUACUGCAUUUGUACUUUGACGGCUGUGUUGAAACUUGAUGUGUGAUGUGAUAUUCAAGUGAUGAUGCACCUCUAACAAAUAAUUCCUGACAAAUCAGAUUUUUGUUUGAGACCAGCAACUGGUAUGAGACAAAGGUUCCUGUCUAUGGUACAUGAUUUUUCCUGGAUGUAUACGUAAUUUGCCAAAACUUAUACAUGGGAAAUUACUUGUGCCGUUCUAUAUCACUGUGAAAUAAUAUUGAACCACAUUAAAAUGUUUUACAUGUU